UUACACAGCCCAAAACCUUGCUCUCUUUGUUGGCCUAGGUUAAACUCUCUUCAUGGGUCAAGCUCCGAGCGCCGUCGAAGACGUUGGCGAAGAGGCGCCGCCGCUACCUCCCAUUGACGGACCAUCUCCUUCUACUGCUGCCUCGUCGAUUGAAGAUCUGAUCGCAGAAGCAAUGACGACUACAGAUAACGAUGCUGAAGAGUCACUCGAAGCAAAGGCACAAAGAGCAUUGGAAUGCCCUUGCGUUGCUGACUUGAGAAAGGGGCCCUGCGGGAUUCAGUUUUCAGAAGCACUUGUGUGUUUCAUCAAGAGUACUGCAGAAGAGAAGGGAUCUGAUUGUGUGAAUCCUUUUAUCGCAUUGCAAAGUUGCAUCAAGGCAAAUCCCAAUGCAUUUUCAAAGGAUAUUUUGGAUGCCGAUGAUACCGAAGAGGAGGAAGUACAGGAAUACAAGAUUACACCUCCACCAUGGUCUAGAGAAUCCAGACCAAAAAUUUGAUGCAGCAUAUUUCCUCUGUUGUCAAAUUUCAAUAGAACCAUAGCUAAUGAAGCUAACAUAAUUUAAAGCAUUCAUUGCUGAAUAUUAUGUUUUGUCAAAAUGAGCUUUUCUUUUCAGAAAUUUGAUUAUGACAUUUGCUGUCAGGAUUAAUGGUUAUUUGUGAAAGAUUAUUUAGUUGUUUCAGUUUUAGCUUGUAUCCUCUCAAUCUUCUUGCAAUAAUAAUUAGAAGUUCUGAUA